AUGUAUGUGAUGGUCCAGAAACCGGUCAAGAAGAAACACUGCUCGGAAACUCUCUCUGCGAGCUCGAGCUUCGAGAUCCUGCCCACCGAGUCUGAGGUCACAGACACCGGCUCUCCGACAGAGAGUGAUCGCGAGAUCAUGAAGGCUGCUUGGCGUUUCAUGAGGGAUUACUUCCCGGGAGUUGAGCCUGAUCUUGAGGAUGAGAAAGAUGUCCCCUACGAGGCCGACGAGGAGUCUGGUGAUGAAGGUGUCCUGCCCUGGCACGAACAGCCACCUACCCCGGAGCAGGUCUACUACCUGUCCGAGUCUCCUUCUACUGCCUCUACCAAGAGCGAACCGGGCUCUGAUGACAAUGCUCCUACCCCAGGAGAUUUUGGCCAAGCUGCUUCGUCCCAUGAAUAUGCGUUUGCCGAGGAGGCAGAGGAAGAAAAGGAAGACGAUGAAAGCUCCGAUGACGACGAACCAACUCACAUGGACGGAGAUUCCAACGACAACGGCGACUCUUCUGACGACCAGGCUGGCUCAGGCCUUGGUGGAAAUGCGGCGAUCCCAAAGGGAGACCUCCAGCACGAUGCUCCUGCCGCUGACCAGGCUGGUUCGAACCGCGAUGGAAAGUCAGCAGGUCCAAAGGGUGGACAACCCAAGCCUCUCAAAGCAGUUGGCCUCAUCCUCACGCCUUGUUUGACUAACCUGCUUCUGAGUCGCAACCCGGGCUAUGGAGAUGAGAGCGAGUUCGCUGCUUCCGAGAAUUUCAACGUCGACCAUGAAUCGUCUGGUUCAGAUACCGAUUCCCAGGAUUCUAAGGACACCCAGGAGGACAUCCACACUGACGACAAGACUGACACUGAAAGCUUCUUCAAGGAAAUGCUUGCUGAUUUGAUUCAAAAGAUGAUGUUUGUUUCUGGUGAAACUGCCGAGCCGUCCGCCGAAACCACCACCCUGAUUGAAGAAAUCACUCGCCAGCAGGUCAUCGAGAUUCUGAGCCGCAGCACCCAGCUUGCUACCCGUCGUGGCGUGCGCUCAAUCUCCACUGACGAUCUCAUCUUUCUGAUUCGCCACGACAAGGCCAAAGUCUCGCGCCUGCGCACUUUCUUGUCCUGGAAGGAUGUCCGCAAGAACGUCAAGGAUUCAGAUGACAAGGGCGGUGGCGAUGCUGCCGACUUCGCAGCUGCUGAUGACACCAUUGCUGGCGGCGUUGCCGGUCCUCAGGAUAUGGCAGCCAAGCCUAAGAACAAGCGUGCCAAGGUCGGCCUUGCGUGGGAUGUUAAUUCCUUCUACUCCAUCCAGGUCCCAGAGCGUGAGGACGAGGAAGACGAGGAAGAGGAAGAACAGAACUACGCAACCCUGCAGCGCCUUGCAGCUGCCGACGAACGCACCAAGUACAUGACUAGGGAGGAGUACGUCUUCUGGUCUGAGUGCCGCCAGGCCUCCUUCACCUACCGCAAGAGCAAGCGUUUCCGCGAGUGGGCCGGCUUCGGCAUCGUGACUGAGUCCAAGCCGAAUGACGACAUCGUCGACAUCUUAGGUUUCCUCACCUUUGAGAUUGUCCAGACCCUGACCGAGGAGGCUCUGAAGGUGAAAGAGCGUGAGGAUCAUGAGAAGAACCGUGGUGGUGGUGACAGCGAGAACUCUAAGAAACGCAAGCGCGAGACCGGUCUCUUCGAUCCGCCUGAGGAGGGCCGCACUCCCAUCGAGCCUCGCCACGUCCGUGAGGCCUAUCGCAAGCUUCAGGCGACUCCGCAGAAGCAGGUCGCCAUGCUGCUUCACAAUGGUCGGGUGCCAGCUCGUCUGCCUCUUAGACUGAUCUAA